AUGGGAGAUGCGGCGAGUCGCUUCACCUCUCCUGCACCACUCAAUCCGCAGAAGCUGACGCCUAAGCAGCUGCAGCAGCUCUUGAGCCACUUUGGUCUUAAUGAGGUGAGGCAUAUUUUUCAAAUGGUUAAGCUUUCUCCGUCCAAGGCGCGUAUAUCUUUGCUUGGCUUCGUCCGAGCAUUCCCUGGGGUGCUGCAGGGGCAUGCAAUGCUGCUGCUGCCGACGUUAAAGGAGAUAGCGCGGCAGCAGCAGACGCACCCUCACGCCCACGGGCUCUCCUUUGCGAUUCUGAGCAGCAGCAGUUUGGCUCCUGACAGCGGUGGCAGCGUAUCUACAAGCAUCAUGGGCGGCCGCUGCGCAAAUAAGAAUAAGAAGCAGGUGGAGGCCUUAAAGACGGCCAACAGCAUCACAUUGCAGGAGGUCGUUGACUGCAUUUCUUCUUGCUGCUCGGGUGAAGCCCCAGAAACGGAAGUGCUGCUCACGGAAAGGAUGCUGGGGAGGAUUGCAAGGAGCUUCGAAACCCUAUCCUUCUCUGCAGAGGAGUACGAACACGUGCGGCAAUCGCUUGAGUCCAUUGGGGGCCUCUGCAUCGACCCCAGGCUGGCAAGAAAAGCGUCGAUUCAUCGCAGUGCAAGUGGUAGCGUCAGCAGCGGCAGCAGCCGUCGCAGCGUAACAUAUGUUUCUCUGGGGUGCAGCACUCGCGCUUGCUUCUCGUUGAUGCAGAUGCUGCAGUACGGUUACUUAGAAUUGAUCUACUUGCUGAACCCGAACAGUCUUAUCUUUCAAGACAAAGUGGCACGCACCACAAGCGGCCUGAGCUGCAACCAAGCACAAGAGCGCCAGACAAAGGGAGUAACAGCUCGAGGCGUGCAUACGUCUUCAGCGUGGGACACGGUACCAGCCCUCACCUUAGUGUUCCCCAAAGAGUUGAACUUCACCUUCGCGGUUCGAGCCAUGGCUGCUGCCUUUGCGGAGGCAGCAGCACCCACCAGCAUCCAUGCAGCCACCCCCACUGCAGCUGCAGUUGCUGCAGCAGCCGUAGCAGUCACACAGAUGGGAGCGCCUCUGAACAACACCAACAGUAACAGCAGCGCCGUAAUGCGCAGGGGAGCCAGCAGCACGGAGCUCGCCGCCCAGGCUUCAGGCGCCGUUCUGCAUGCAAGCUCUGGCACAAUCGGCAGCGGGGGUUUGCGCAAUGAAGUAUUUGCUGUUCUCUCGUGGAUCAGGGCUGCCUUGCCGGUUCUCCCCUCUCUUUGUACUCUCGGAGUAGCAGCACACCUUCUGGGGGACUCUGUCUUUGACGGGCAGCCACAGCCAGAGAGGAACGAUUCCAGCUUGGCCGAUGUACAGUAUACAUCAAAUGAAUGCUUCUGUAUAGUUGUGGUGUGCCUCUGCAGGUGUAUGCACCGCGGCGCCGCCAAGAGAGUCGAUCGAACCAGCUUUAGCAGACUCUGUGCAAAUUGCUUCUUUUACUCUGCUCCCAUGGUGGCCGUCGUCAAGACGGAAGAAGGCCAGGUGCUAGGCGCGAUCAUUUCAACGAGCGGCCUGGGAAGGAACUUUAUUUAUUUGAACACCAAAAACAAAUUUCACCCAAUCGGUCUGGGCUUCGGCGGCCAAGUUGGUGCUUUCCGCUUUUGGAUUGGCGAUGAGAUGAAGGACUGUUACAUUACGAAGAGCGAUUGCACGUACUCGCCAGGUCGGAUGCUGCAGACGAUGAACGAGCCGAUUCCCCAGGGCUCCGAGACCCUCGAUAACGUUGCUGCCUUAACAACAGCAUUGGAUGGAGCUGCUGCAGCCGCCUCAAGUGCAUCAAAGCCGAAGGCAGAAGCUGCUGUUACACUUCCAAGUGUAGAAGAAACCCUCUCCGCCAAUUUUCUGUGUCCUAUUCAUGUCAAGGAACUUGAAAUCUGGGGGACGGGAGACGCCAGUGUUCUGGAACAACAGCGCGCACUCUUGAAACAACAAGAUCAGCUGCGACAAGAACGGCGGCAAGUAGACAAGGGUCGGCUAUUGGACAGCAGCUUCGACCGCGAGUUUCUUUUAGGUGGCACCUUCAGUCGCGCGAAGGGCCCCGAAGCGCCGUCUGUAUAG